UGACCCGCUUUUUCUUCGCUGUUUUCUUUGUCUGAGAGAAGCUCCACUUCGUCUCUUUCUCUCUUGUAGAAGAGGACGGAGAAGGGGCACAAAGCUCGCGAGUGGGAGAUCUUGAAGCCCAAGCGCACAGAUCUCUUCUGUAGGCCAUUGUAUUCAGCAUUAUUUGGAUUCAGAAUGGCUGUCAUGGGUGGCCAAAAUCCAUUAUCAGCGCAAGUCAGCUGUGGUUCUUUACUCCAGCAAUUGCAGCUAAUUUGGGAUGAGGUUGGUGAGAGUGAUGAGGAACGUGAUAACAUGCUGCUUCAAUUAGAGCAGGAGUGUUUGGACGUUUACAGGAGGAAGGUCGAUCAAGCUUCACGGUCGAGGGCGCUCCUACUCCAGCAGUUGGCUGAUUCAAAAUCUGAGCUCGCAAGGCUUCUUUCAGCUCUUGGAGAAAAGACUUUUGUUGGCAUUCCAGAGAAAUCAUCUGGUACAAUCAAGGAGCAAUUAGCAGCAAUAGCACCUGCACUUGAACAGUUAUGCAACCAAAAAGACGAAAGGAUAAAGGAGUUUGCAGAUGUACAAUCACAAAUCCAGAAGAUUUCUGGUGAGAUCGCUGGAACCAUAAAAGCCGGAGAGCAUGUAAAGCCAAUAGUUGAUGAGGAGGAUUUGUCACUUAAGAAAUUAGAUGAAUUCCGCUCCCAACUGCAAGGACUGCAGAAGGAAAAGAAUGACAGACUCCAUAAGGUUCUCGAGCUUGUUAGCAAUGUGCAUGAUCUCUGUGCGGUCCUGGGGAUGGAUUUCUUUAGCACCGUCACUGAAGUUCAUCCUAGCUUAGACGACUCUGCUGGUGUCCAAUCCAGGAGCAUCACCAAUGAAACCAUUUCCAAGCUUGCGGAGACAGUCGUGGAGCUAAAGGAAGACAAAAAGAUGAGGCUACGAAAGGUUCAAGAGCUAGCAGCACAACUCUAUGAUCUAUGGAACUUGAUGGAUACCCCUGCGGAUGAGAGGAGUUUGUUUGACCAUGUCACCUGUAAUAUAUCUGCAACAGUGAAUGAGGUCAUAUAUCCUGGAGCCCUUGCCCUUGAUCUAAUUGAACAGGCUGAAGUGGAAGUUGAAAGGCUAGACCAGCUUAAAUUCAGCAAAAUGAAGGAAAUAGCUUUGAAAAAGCAGGCUGAACUUGAAGACAUAUAUGCUCGGGCUCAUGUUGAGAUAGAUUCAGCAGCUGCUCAAGAGAAAAUAAUGACACUUAUUGACUCUGGGAAUGUUGAGCCUGCAGAAUUACUGGCUAACAUGGAUAAUCAGAUAUUAAAAGCUAAAGAAGAAGCUCUAAGUAGAAAGGACAUACUCGAAAAAGUUGAGAAGUGGAUGUCGGCAUGUGAAGAAGAGAGCUGGCUUGAAGAUUACAAUCGGGAUGACAAUAGGUAUAACUCAAGCAGAGGUGCACACUUGAACCUGAAGCGUGCUGAGAAGGCCCGUAUUCUAGUAAACAAAAUUCCAGCCCUUGUCGAUACUUUAGUGGCUAAGACCCGGUCAUGGGAAGAGGAUCAUGGCAUGACAUUUGCAUACGACGGUGUUCCUCUCCUUGCAAUGCUAGAUGAAUAUGCGAUGCUCAGACAGGACAGAGAGGAAGAGAAAAGAAGAAUGAGGGAUCAAAAGCGAUUCCACGACCAAACAAGCACAGAGCAAGAAGCAAUGUUUGGUGCAAGGCCAAGUCCUAAUCGUCCACUUGGUUCGAAGAAGGUUGUGGGUCCUCGAGUGAAUGGAGCCGGGUCAAAUGGGACUCCGACUCGGAGAUUAUCCUUGAACAAUGGCCCUCGGUCUGGAAGCAAGGACAGCGGGAAGAGAGACAGUGCCCGUGCCUCCGCUCCGGCGAACUAUGUUGCCAUUUCCAAAGAGGAUGCAGCUUCUCAUGUAUCUGCCACUGAUCCUACUCCUGCUUCUCCUUGAGAACAACCCUGUGAGACAUUGUUAGAGCCUUUGUUUGACAUAUUUAUAUAUAUAUUUGAGAAUGCAUUGUAGUUGUUACUAGUAUCAUAAACUGGAUCAGCCUUGUGUUACUGCUUACCAACUUCUUGUAACUUUAUUUUUAUUUUUUGUGGUCUUAAUGGAGGUACAUUUUGGUUUUC